CCUGAGAUCUCACAAGCAGCUGACUCUGAAUUGGUUCCCACGUCAAUGCAGGUCGGUGCACGUGAGUCAAUCCCUGUUCACCGGAUACUCAACCUCUUCUCCAGCCCACCUUAGAUUUGGCUCUGACUGAGUUCCCGGCUAUAUAUGCGACAUACCGUCACAUGAAGGCUUGACUUUUUACAGGAUGCCUUCCGUCGCAUCCGCCACCUGAUAUGCAGCUUCGGAGACGAUGUAAAUUGUUGGUUCAUUUCUACUUCUGGCCAAGCUUCCAGCUUCUCGAUUCGAUGUGUGCAGCAACGUUUUUUCGGCAGUUGCGGCUUGUCAAAUUAUUGAUGGCAGGUUUGGGCGUGAUUUCGUCGGAGCUCAAAUGGUAGACGUCGAGACUCUGAGUCGGUGAGCGCUGGGGUACAUUUGUUCGUGCACUACCACAAAGCCUUUGGUAUUGCCCUUCAUGCCUCCAGCUAUCAUGAUGUCGGAAUUGUCGGGCAGUGUUUUCUCCCAAGCGUCUUUGAUAUUGGCCAAACAACAGGUCAAUCAGGUUGACCUGCCAAAUAUCGACUGGGCGAAAUUAUGGGCUGCCAUUCUUUCCCGUGCGUCCGAUGUUCUGACGAAGGCCAAACAAUUGGUGCCCAAAUUGUUGCGCACUGUUCUCUCCGGUGCUUUAAUCGGUUUGACAGCGAUCAAUACCCAAUCAAUCAUCCAUCCAUACGCAGUAGCCGGAAUCUUGAUACUCAUCUCUGCAGCUACAAAUAUUGGGAUCUUCCUGGCAUUAUUGCAGUCGACGGGAGCAAUUGCGUUGUUCCUGUGUUUUCUCCCGGUGUAUUUGAUUAUCUGGUGCCUUGGCUUCAGGAGUCAAGGAGUACAGCAAGUUUCACUUGCGUCCCAAUAUCAGGCCAGUCACUACGGUGGUUACGUGCCCCGAGGCUCUGGAUUUUCGCAACUCCAAUCACUUGGGGCCACCGCUGGCAUGUUGACAUUCCUGUUGACGCUUGUCUCCUUGUUGUCAUAUGCUGGAGCUGUGAUUGUCUUGGGCCGGGAGUGGGGGUGGUGGCUCCAAUGAGGUGACUGGAUUGUUUUGUAUCGAAUGGAGUUGAAAUGAGACUACCUUGUUGGGGCGCAUGCAUGUGACUUUUUUCAAAGGAAUAACCAAGUUCGGGGUUGAUUUUGUGAAAGCUUGAUGAAUACGAUGCCGCUAAUUAUUCGUAACUGAUGCCAUG